UUCUUCCAGAGGAGGCCUCUGACCCGGGGCUUGCGUGAGGGGCCGGGGGUUGGUUUCAGGAGCGGAGUUUUCCCCGAGGAGGCCCGCGGCGGCCCUUCCCUCGCUGCGGACGCCCCUCACAUGGCCACAGGUGUGGCCGGCUGAGAGAGGUGCAAAAUAAUUGUACACCAAGAAGCCAUGGAGAAGAGAAGUGUGGAUGAAACAGAAAAUGGAGAUGCUUUCCUUGACCUAAAGAAAUCCCCCCAUCGCUAUACAAAGGAGGAGCUCUUGGAUAUAAAAGAACGUCCCUACUCCAAACAGAGGCCGUCAUGCCUCUCUGAAAAAUAUGACAGUGAUGGUGUCUGGGACCCUGAGAAGUGGCAUGCCUCUCUCUACCCUGCUUCAGGGAGGAGCUCACCAGUGGAAAGUCUGAAGAAAGAGCCAGAAUCAGACCGCCCUUCCCUGGUGCGCAGAAUAGCAGAUCCACGAGAGCGUGUGAAAGAAGAUGACUUAGAUGUUGUUCUCAGCCCACAGAGACGAAGCUUUGGAGGUGGCUGCCAUGUGACAGCUGCUGUUAGCUCCCGCCGCUCUGGAAGUCCCUUGGAGAAAGACAGUGAUGGACUUCGCUUGCUUGGUGGACGAAGAAUUGGCAGUGGGAGGAUAAUCUCUGCCCGGGCUUUUGAGAAGGAUCACCGUCUCAGUGAGAAGGACCUACGGGACUUGAGAGACAGAGACAGAGAGAGGGACUACAAGGACAAGCGUUUCAGGAGGGAGUUUGGAGAUAGUAAACGUGUCUUUGGUGAGCGUAGAAGAAAUGAUUCGUACACUGAGGAAGAACCAGAAUGGUUUUCAGCUGGACCCACAAGUCAGUCUGAAACCAUUGAACUGACUGGCUUCGAUGAUAAGAUACUAGAGGAAGAUCACAAAGGGAGAAAAAGAACAAGGCGACGGACUGCCUCUGUAAAGGAAGGUAUAGUGGAAUGUAAUGGAGGGGUGGCUGAAGAGGACGAGGUUGAAGUCAUCCUGGCCCAGGAGCCCUCUGCUGAUCAGGAAGUCCCAAGGGAUGUUGUCCUACCUGAGCAGUCCCCAGGAGAAUUUGACUUUAAUGAGUUCUUUAACCUUGACAAGGUGCCAUGCUUGGCUUCGAUGAUAGAAGAUGUUCUGGGAGAAGGGUCAGUCUCUGCCAGCCGCUUCAGUAGGUGGUUCUCUAACCCAAGCCGGUCAGGGAGCAGAUCUAGUAGCCUUGGAUCUACACCACAUGAAGAGCUUGAGAGACUCGCAGGUCUGGAACAAGCCGUCCUCUCUCCUGGACAGAACUCGGGGAAUUAUUUUGCUCCUAUUCCAUCGGAAGACCAUGCUGAAAAUAAAGUGGACAUUUUAGAAAUGCUACAGAAAGCCAAAGUGGAUUUAAAACCUCUUCUUUCUAGCCUUUCUGCAAAUAAAGAAAAGCUUAAGGAGAGCUCACAUUCAGGGGUUGUACUUUCAGUGGAAGAGGUAGAAGCAGGGCUCAAAGGCUUGAAGGUGGACCAGCAAAUGAAGAAUUCAACUCCCUUCAUGGCGGAACAUUUAGAAGAGACACUGAGUGCUGUAACUAGCAAUCGACAACUCAAAAAAGAUGGAGAUAUGACUGCAUUCAACAAACUAGUGAGCACCAUGAAGGCAAGUGGGACUUUGCCUACUCAGCCCAAAGUCAAUCGAAACCUUGAAAGUCACUUGUUGGCCCCGGCUGAAAUUCCAGGCCAGCCUGUCCCUAAAAACAUCCUACAGGAACUUCUUGGUCAACCGGUUCAGAGACCUGCUUCUUCCAAUCUUCUCAGUGGCCUUAUGGGGAGCUUGGAACCUACUGCAUCUUUAUUGAGCCAAAGAGCGCCCUCUCCUCCUAUGUCACAGGUGUUUCAAACUCGAGCAGCAUCAGCAGACUAUCUUCAUCCGAGGAUACCAUCACCAAUUGGUUUCCCAUCAGGACCCCAGCAGCUACUUGGAGAUCCAUUCCAAGGCAUGCGCAAGCCCAUGAGCCCUGUCACAGCCCAGCAGAUGAGCCAGCUAGAAUUGCAGCAGGCUGCCUUGGAGGGGCUGGCCCUCCCACAUGACCUUGCAGUACAGGCAGCAUCCUUCUAUCAGCCUGGUUAUAAUAAACCACAAGUGGAUAGAACUAGAGACGGACUGAGAAACAGGCAACAGCGAGUCUCAAAGUCACCAGCACCCAUGCACCGAGGAAAUUCCUCUUCCCCAGCUCCUGCUGCCUCCAUCACAAGCAUGCUUUCUCCUUCCUUCACCCCUACCUCAGUGAUUCGGAAGAUGUAUGAAAGCAGAGAGAAAAGCAAGGAGGAAAUAGCACCUGGAACAGUGGUUCCUGGUGAUGCUAAAGAGGAUACUCAGAAGGCCAGUGAAGAGAGCCUGCUGUCAUCUAAUCCCAUGCCCAGUAAUGAUCAAGACUCUUCUACGACAAAUCCUAAACUCUCAACAUCACAGUGGUCUUCGUGCUCCACUCCACUGUCCCAGAACAACCGUUAUACCAAAGAGCAAGAUUAUCGACCUAAAGCAGCCGGGAGAAAAACACCCACCUUAACACCUCCAGGUCCAGGAACACCUUUUCUUCGCCCUCCCCACCAAGUUCCCCUGGUCCCUCAUGUUCCUAUUGUUCGGCCUGCUCACCAGCUUCACCCAGGGUUAGUCCAAAGGUUGAUAGCCCAAGGAAUACAUCCACAGCAUCUUCCAAGUUUGCUCCAAGCUGGUGUGCUUCCCCCUGGGAUAGACAUUGCUCCUCUACAGGGAAUAUCUGGCCCACUUCUGGGGCAACCCUUGUACCCUUUCUCUGCUGCUAGUCACCCUCUCCUAAACCCUCGCCCUGGAACCCCUCUGCACCUGGCAGUGAUGCAGCAGCAGCUGCAGCGCUCAGUUCUGCAUCCUCCAGGCUCAGGUUCCCAGGCAGCAGCUAUCAACGUUCAGACUCCUCCUAAUGUGCCCAGCAGAUCAGGCCUGCCCCACAUGCACUCCCAGAUGGAGCAUCGUACCAGCCAAAGGAGCAGCUCCCCUGUGGGCCUUGCGAAAUGGUUUGGCUCAGAUGUGCUACAGCAGCCUCUGCCUUCUAUGCCCACCAAAGUCAUCAGUGUAGAUGAACUGGAGUACAGACAGUGAGCAGGGCAGACAAGCUUACCCAUCUGGACCUAUGGUAGCAUCCUGGCCAUGAUGCUCAUUCCCCAUCUUUAUUUAUGGGCUUUUACAUUGGAACACAUUGUGUGAAGGGACCCACAUACCUACCAUGAUCUACAUUAUGAGGUUGUCAACCAAUCAAAUGGAGCCUACAUGGUCCAAACACAAGGGACACAAUAUUAUCAAUCCUUGAAGUCUUUCUUUUAUAAAAUAUGUGAAUGAAGUGUUGGUGUCUUCUAGAAGUGACACCUAAGGGUUCUGAAAAAAAUGUAUAGACCCUUAUGUACAGACCUGUGUAUAAACUUUUGUAUAUACGUAUAGGAUAGCUUUUUUGAACUUAUACAGCUGUACAUAAAGUAGCUAUUAGUUAGGCCUGUGUCAACUGUUUGGAAUUUUUUUCACUUGUAUAUUUGGGACUUUUUCUUUUGAUUUAUUAAAAGUUGCAUAUGCCACGUGUGUGAACAAAA